AUGUCCGGACGACAGGGUGGAAAAGCUAAGCCUCUUAAGGCUCCCAAGAAGAAGCAGACUGAUUUGGACGAGGAGGAUCUCGCCUUCAAGCAGAAGCAGAUGGCUGACGCCAAGGCUCGAAAGGAGAUGGCUGCCAAGGCCGGCAAGGGAGGUCCUCUUUCCGGAGGAGGUAUCAAGAAGUCUGGUAAGAAAUAA